AUGUCGGCCACAAAGAAGGCGCUGAAAUCGAUCAAGUCGCAGCUGGAAGAGAAGAAUUCCGAAGCUGCUCUGUACGAAGCUACCAACUUACUCAAAUCGAUCGGGGAGGAUGCACCUGAAGCUGCUCAAGUAUUGAUAUUUCGUGGGCUCGCUCUCACCCAAUUGCAGCGGAAUGAAGAAGCUGAAAAGUCAUACAUCCAUGCCUACAAGCUCCAGCCGUCCAACCCAUUGGCAUCAAUGGGACUGAAGAGGCUUUACGAGAAGAACCAGCAGUGGGAUAAGCUGGGUCAACUGUUAGAAGUAUUAGUACAAGCUUCAUACGAUCAAAACGAUGGACAGAGAUGUGCUAGUGCAUUGCAGGAACUGCUCGAAGUACGCGCCAAAUACGGUCCUCCAGAGAAACUUUACCGAGCUUUAGAUCAACUGUUACCCUCAUCCCCUCUUGUUCCCCUUCUUCAGUCUGUGUGUCCCCCAAGCGGUUCAUACGUGCCCUUUCCCUCACCCAUCUACCCACCAUCAUCAGCAGCUAUACCACCUUCCCUUCCAACUCCUCUACCUCAUGCCCUACAUCUCGUCGCAUCAUUGCCUCUCUUGACCAACCUCCUAGUUCGAGCCGAAUCGCUGGUACAUACAACCACAGAGCAGAAAGUCAAGGUAGGAAGACAGAGGCUGGGUGCGGGACCGGAGAAAGAGGUCAGAAGGAAAGUUGAGGCGGAAGUGCUGGGUGGCGAAUUGGGUAUGAGAAUGGUCGAACUCCUGAAGGAAGUUGGAUCUCACCCUGACGUAGCGGAAGACGUAAGGAGAGAGGUGGAAAUUAGAGAAUUCAAUUUCUGGAGAAAGCUUGGUGCUUCUUUACCAUCGAAACAAGCUGUAAAGCCAGAUGCUAAGAAAACUCCAUCUGCGAAAUCAAACAAAGAAGCUCAACCUUCGAAGACGAGCUCGACAGAUUUACCCACAACCUCACUAUUCUCUGCCCAUUCAUAUCCAACGCCUGACAAAGAUGAGGCUUUGUCGCGAACUAAUAAUCUAGCUAAUGGAUUCGUGUUGCUCGGGAUCACCGGUAAAGGUGCUGAAGAAGGAUGGUCUUGGGUGUUGGAAGGGAAAGAUGAACCCACCCUCUUCUAUGAUAUCGAGCUUCUCCACAAAUACGCGAAAGCAUUCCCGGAGUCCAGGAUGACCGACUUCAUUGACGAUUAUUGCAGAUGGUUCAAAUUGCCUUUACCUGAACCGGAGGAAGAAGAAGAGACCCCUCAGCCAGCUAACGGGGAAGAAUCUUUCGCUCAAAAGGCAAAUAAGAAGACCAAGAAUCGCAGAGGAAGGAAUGGCAUGAAUGCUAGAGAACGACGAAAAGCCAGGAGAGCCGCUGGGAAAGAAGGGGUGCUGUCGGAAGAUUUGGAUCAGGAAGAAAGGGAGGAAUUGGUAUCUGGAAUGACUAAACUGGUUGAUCAACUACCGAAAUCGAUUUUUGCUCAUCGAGUCAUGGCUAGAAUAUCGUUGCAAGAAGAGGAUUGGGCAAACGCUAUUGCCUUUGGUGACAAGGCGAAAGCUCUGGUUAAAGAGCUCGAGAAUGAAAGAGGCAUAUUCUUGCCGAACGUUCGAGCUUCCAUCGACACCACUCUCGGUCUCGCUUGUGUCCCUUAUUUUGCCCCUAAGCAUCAUCCUCGUGCUAUUCGACUGCUCGAUGGAGUGUUGAAGAGUCAUCCAGACAACAAAGAAGCGCGUUUCGCUCGUGCUCAGAUACAUCAAGCUGCCGGUCAAUGGUCAUAUGCAAGGAAGGAAUUCCAGACGCUCAUCGAUGCGGGUGGCGACGAGAAUGAUGUUGUCGCUGCGAAAGAAGAAUUGGGAUGGUGUUUGGUCAAUGAGGGCGAGUUAGAAAAGGGUAGAGAGAUCUUAGAAGAAGUAGUGGAGAUUAGAGAUGCAAGGAAAGAACAGGAUGGAAAGGACGACGAAGCUUAUCAAAGAGCAAGAGCUUGGUAUAGACUUGGUAGGACAGAAUGGAUGAUUGGAGACGACGAGAGUCGACAACAUGCCGAAGAAUGGUUCAUGGCUUCCAUCCGAGCUCUUCCUACUUUCCCUUCAUCUUAUACGUCCCUCGGUAUCUGCUAUUCUUCGGCUACUCCGCCAGACGAAGAAAGAGCUUUGAAGUGUUUCCAGAAAGCAUUCGAGCUCGAUGCUACUGAGACUGAGGCUGCCCAUAGACUUGCUAUUGGCUAUGCGAAUGAAGAUGAAUGGGCUUUGGUGAGAACUAUCGCUAUGAGAGUGAUGGAAGGUGAAGGUGGACUAGAUGGUGUAGCAGGAGGCGAAGUCAUGAAUGCAAAAGGCAGAUUUGCGCCUCAGAACGGAUGGGCUUGGAAAGCUCUUGGAUCUACAGAGGUGCAUUACAAGAACUACGCCAAGGCUGCUCAAGCGUACCAGAUUGCUCUUCGAGGUGAUCCUACCGAUGUGUCCAUGUGGGUAAUGCUCGGAGAAUCAUAUGUCAAAUGUGGAAGACAUAAUGCCGGGCUCAAAGCUCUCAACCAUGCUCUUGAGCUUCAGCCCACCAACUGGCGAGCAUACUUCAACAUUGGGGAUACUCAAGCUCAGCUAGGUGCAUUCGACAAAGCUAUUGAGGCAUAUGAAAAGGUGCUUUCCCUUACAGAUACUCAAGAAAUCGGUAUCGUCGCUGCUCUGGCUGAAGCCAAUCUCUCGCUUGGUCGACAGACUGCUGCUGGAGGGUUCGGACAGAGAUCAAGGAACGCCUUACACGCCGCCAUCCGACUCGCUACAGAUGUGCUGAGGGAUGGACGAAGUCACCGAGCGUGGGCGUGGAAAACUAUCGGAGAUGCCACCUUCGAGCUUAGUAACGAAGAGUCCAGCUUGGAGGAAGCUUUGUCCUCGAGUGAAGUCGUCCAACCCGUUCUGCAACAUCUGGUCGAAGACGAUGCAGACCGAAGAUCUCAGGUAGAAGGAUUAGGACAUGCCGCCAAUCUACUGCAAACCUCUCCGGAUUUGGGAUAUACUAUCAAGACUUCGAUUUUUGCUUUCGCCUAUCGUGCAUAUCUACUCAAGAAUGAACCUCGGGUAGCAGAUCCAGCUUUAUACGAUUUAGCAAGUUCGCUUCAUGCCCUCGCUCUUCGAUUGCCCGACAGUGAGAGCAAGACCUCAUGUCUCAAAGCUGCUAUCUCCGCCAUUAGGUUAGCGUUAGAGCGGGAUGCAGGAGAUGAAAGGCUUUGGAAUGCCUUGGGUGUGAUCUGCGGUACUGCAGGGCCACAAGUUGCUCAGCAUGCCUUUGUUGUUUCGCUCGAAUUGUAUUCAAAAGAUCCGAUUGUCUGGGCAAAUCUCGGUUACCUAUAUCUACGACUAGAAGAUGCAGAACUUGCCAACCUAUGUUUCUUGAAAGCUCAAAUCAUCGAUCCUGAUUACGCACCUGCAUGGUUCGGUCAGGGUAUGUUGGCCGAUAGAAAUGGGGAUAAACAACAUGCAAAAGCACUUUACUCCCAUGCGGUUACCUUGUCGGCUGGAUCUUUGCUCGAAGCGGAUCUCGCCUUGGCUAUCGCUACUUUCGAACGGUUCCUCGUCCCAGGUGCUCAGAUCGAUUCCAACCUUCUACACCAACCAGCCUUCGCACUUCGUCACUACUGUCAUCAGAGACCUAAUGAUUUCGCUGCUGCUCACUUGUACGCAUUGAUCUGCGAAAGAUUAGGUCUGGCCGAUGAGGCAGCCUCGUCGCUCGAACGAGCAGCGGCAGUAUUGGAAGAGGAAUUCGAAAGGACUGAAUCAGCAGAUAUCGAAUCGCGAUAUGCUAUUGCGUUAUGCAAUCUUGGAAGAGUUCAGCUUGCUGCAAAGAAAUACCCAGCAGCGCUCGAUACGCUCAACAACUGUUGGGAAUUGAUCUCGGACUCGACAGACGGAACCAUCGUCUCACUGAAGGCUCAGUGUAGAUUGUUACAAGGUCUGGUACACUAUUGGCUCAGACAGAUUGACGAAUCGCUCGAAGCGUUCCAGAACAGUUUAGACGAAGCUUCCGCCUCACAGGAUCUCAAGAUUAAAGAGGAGGUUGCGGUAUUACUCAGUCGAACGCUCUGGGGUCUAGGAGGUGAUGAUGCGAAGGAAACUGCGAAGAGUAAUCUUAUGGAGUGCUUAUCACAAGAAAAACCAUCACUCAAAGUGAUUUCGACUCUAGCAGCUAUAGCUGUGAUAUCCUCCGAUCCAGAUCUAGUCGAAGCAGCAAUUUCCGAAUUGUCCUCUCGACCAGUCGAAUCGCGAGUCAAGGAAGAUCCAUCUGGACAGUCGGAUCUCGUACUAUACCUACACGCUAUAGUAGGAGGUGAUACACAGGAAAGUCACAAGGUCCUGGAAAGAGCUGUACAAGCAUCACCGACCAAUGUCAAAUCUAGAAAUAGACUUGCCGAAGCGUUAAUACAAGUUGGUAGAUCGAAAGAAGCAAAUGAUGUGCUGCAGAUUUCGGGCCGUGUGGAAGAUGUAGAAAGUAAGGCGAGAAUGGAAAGCCUCAGAGGAACAGCUGAGAUCUUGGAGGGAGACGAGGGCGGUACCAGUAGAUUGCAGAAGGGUGUGAUGCUUGCGCCGUGGGAGGAAGAUGGGUGGAAUGCUUUGACUUGGGGGAGAAGGGUGGUAGCCGAGGCCGAAACUGAGUAG